AAACAGACAGGGGUUUCUCAAUCUCAGCUCCCUCUUAUUCAGUUUGCAUGUACAAGCCUGAAGUGAUGCCCGAUUUAUGAAUCGCUCGACUCGCCUUAUCACUCGACUGAACUCGCCCGAGUUACAGCGCUUCUUCACCGGCACCUACAGAUUUCGUCCCCUAAAUCUUCAAAACAACGUAAAAUUUACUCCUCGCAUUUUCCUCUCACCCCAAAAAUUUCCAAAAAUUACUUCAUUUGCAACCAAAACAGGUAAUCCGCUUAUACCCGAGCCCAAAACUCCCGUAAUGGACCCCUACUCGCCGGAAUCAUUGGACCCACCUACUGCAGCCGAGGACUUUGUUCACAUUGAAAACCCUAAUCCGAAUAUCGAGGCGUUGAGCGAGAGCAUUGUUGAUGUUGCUGAUGAGUUGAGAGAAGAAACUGGCGCCGAUUCAGGGUUUGGUUGUGAUGAGCCGGAAAGGAGAGAGGUUCCGGAGGAGCUUUCCAGAAACGUGGUGGUUCUUACCUGUGAGUCGACGGCUGAGGGUGGGUCGUGCCAUGUAUACUUGGUUGGUACGGCUCAUGUUUCGCAGGAAUCAUGCAAAGAAGUUCAAGCUGUAAUAAGUUGCUUGAAACCGCAGGUUGUCUUUUUGGAGUUGUGUGCUAGUCGAGUGGCCGUGCUAACCCCUCAGAAUUUAAAGAUACCAACCAUGAGAGAAAUGAUAGAGAUGUGGAAGAAAAACAAUAAUCUGUUUGGGAUACUUUAUAGCUGGUUUCUUGCCAAGGUUGCCAAUAAGCUAGAGGUUUUUCCUGGUUCUGAAUUUCGUGUGGCUUUUGAAGAAGCCAGAAAAUAUGGUGGCAAGGUGAUACUUGGUGAUCGGCCUGUACAAAUUACAUUAAGAAGGACAUGGGGAAAAAUGCCUCUUUGGCAUAAGACAAAGCUACUAUAUUCCCUACUGUUUCAAGCAUUCUUUUUACCAAGCCCAGACGACCUUAACAAAAUGCUGAAGGAAAUGGAUGAUGUGGACAUGCUGACUCUUGUGAUCCAAGAGAUGAGUAAGGAGUUCCCAACUCUAAUGGAAACCCUUGUGCAUGAGAGAGACCAGUACAUGUCUUCCAAAUUACUGAGAGUCGCUAGUGAACAUACUUCAGUAGUUGCAGUUGUUGGAAAGGGACAUUUGCAGGGAAUUAAGAAGCAUUGGAAGCAGCCGGUUCAGAUGGAGGAACUUAUGGAAAUGCCUUCGCAGAAACCAGCGGUUUCUGCUGUCAAGGUUCUUACAUCCCUUGGUGUUGCAGUUGCUGGUGUGGCUAUUAUUUCAGGCCUUUAUCUUGCAUGGAAAAAAUAGUCUACAAGUGUUUCUAGAUUUACGAUUCACAGUAACAUACAGCAGCACCAAAAUGGUUGUUUCUCACCUGUUGCGGUUUUGCAACAUUUAUGACUUUCAAAAUUUGGUUGUUAACCAUAGAACGAAUAAGAAAAUUUCCUUAUUGGGUCCCUGUAUAUUUGAAAGUCUUCAUUGGAGUAAAAGCCAAAGUUUAUAUUCAUGAGAACCAUUAUCAUUC